AAGGAAAAUACAAGGUGUAUUACUAGUGAGAAAUUCAAUGCGAUUUACUAAACAAUGCUGAGGAAUGCUGUGUUUGGAAUCUCGGAGUUAAAUCGGUUGCGGCAUGCUUUCGCUUAGGGCGCGAUUACAAACGGAAUUACUGGAUACUCGCUUUCUCAGUCAGUGUUUCUCCGAGCGUCGAUCGGGUAACGACACUUUAUCAGAAAUUGUGACCGUUCUUACUGCUGCGGAAAGUUUUCGUGACUUUGGAAGCGGCACCGGCCUUGUGACAAGACACGCAUUUUUUCAACAGUUCUUCCGUUGAGAUCAAACAAUAUACCCGAGUCAGUUUCUACCAAGUCGGAGAGAUAUGCCCGGAAGUAAAACGAGAGUCGCAAUUAUUGGUGGUGGUGUUUCUGGUCUUAUCGUAGCUAAACAUCUUGCCACGAAUCCAGAAACUUUCGAUUUCACUCUGUUUGAGCAAACCGACCAGGUUGGUGGAACAUGGGUUUAUACCGACGAGACGGAUUUCGACUCUCGCGGACUUCCAGUUCACAGCAGCAUGUACAAGAACCUCAGGACGAACGUGCCAAAAGAAAUUAUGCAAAUUCCUGACUUUCCCUUCCAAGAUCAAGAUGGGCCGUCUUUCGUGCAUCACAGCGUUGUUCGGAAUUAUCUAUUGAGUUAUACGGAGCACUUCAAUCUCUUCCCUCAUAUAAAGUUAAAUACGGUAGUGAAAAAUGUUGAGCCCGAAGGUUUUCCAAGCGGCCAAACAAUGUGGCUAGUAACUUCCGAGGACUUGGAAACAAACGUUGUAACGACAAGGAUCUUUGACGCUGUGAUACUUUGCAACGGACAUUAUACUGUGGGAGACGUUCCUCACAUUCCUGGAAUUGAGACUUUCCCUGGAAGAUCUAUACACAGUCAUCAGUACCGGAAGCCAGAGACGUACGCGAACAAGAAGGUCUGCAUUCUGGGCGCCUCGUGGUCUGGCGUGGACAUUGCUUGCGAGCUAUCCAAGUACGCUGAAAAGAUCUACCUAAGUCACAAUCUGGAAGAUCUGAAAAUGAAAAAACUGCCAGAAAACGUACAAGAAGUAGCAGGAAUUGAUAGAAUCCAUGGAAACACUUUCGUGUUCAAAAGUGGAGCUACUGCGGUCGUUGAAGAGUUCGUUUACUGUACAGGUUACCAGUUCACGUUUCCAUUCCUAUCUAAAAAAGUGUUUAUCAGUACAAAGGACAACCUCGUGGAACCAGUUUACAAAUAUCUUGUGCACACAGACGUACCGAAUCUUUUCUUCAUGGGAUUACCAGGACUCGCUGUCCCAUUUCCAAUGUUCCACAUUCAGGCCCAGUAUAUCGUGAAGGUUAUGGACGGUCGCGUUAAGCUGCCUUCCUCCUCAGAAAUGCGCGAGGACUUUCAGAGGGAAAAGCGAAAGUUGUUACAGGAAGGGAUUCCGCUGAGACACAUAAUUAAGCUGAAAGACAGACAGUGGGCUUACUAUGAUGACAUCGCGACGAUAGCCGGAGUGCCAAGUUUCCCACCGGUAAUUAAAGAAAUUAUGGAUCAUGUGACCGAGAUGCGUAACCAGGACUUGAUAACGUACAAAAAUUAUCGAUACCAUGUCGUUGACAGUGAGAAUUUCACAGUUGAUUAUUGUAAGCCUUGUUAGAGUUUCAAUGUUAAGGUUAAUCUUAAAACAAUAAUACUAAUUAUAAGGUAAAAGAAAAAUCUCCAGACUAUUUAUUGUAACUUUGAAGAGAAAAGGUAUUAUUAUUGUAUGUACAAUAGCGGAAUUGACAAUCUUCGUACUUUUUACUCUCGCAUAAGAUAUUAUUUCUAAAUAUACCUAUACAUAAUUUUCUGCAUAAAAAUACUCAAAGUAUGGUUAAAAUAUGAUUUAUUGCAUUUUUAUUAUUCAUGCGACUUAGGCCUGAUUGUAUCUUAAAAUGUAAUUACACUGCUCAGUUAUGAUCAAUAAUACCCUCACGGGUACAUUUCACGUGAAUAUAUAUACACAUAUCGUGUAUACGAUGAGCAAACUUUAUAUGUGUUCUCCUUAUCAGCAUACCUGCACAGAUAUAUACUGUGACGUGUAAUUCUG